UAUGAAUAUUAUUUACACAAAAAAAGGAAAAAAAUCUGGAGAAUAUUGAGAACCCGCGAAGACCACCUUAAUUAGCGCGUGUAUCAGCCGCUUUUGUUGGCUCUUUCCUUUGGGAAGUUUUAUAAUGAUUCAUGUUUCCUUAAAGAUAGUGUCGUGUAUAGACAAAGGAGGAGGAGGCGGCGGCCGUUGAAGAUAUGGUGUCCAAUGGUACUAGUAAGCAUCAAGAACAGUUACUAGUUCAAAUGGAGGUGCAGAAUCAACAUGGGUUGUCUGUGAAAGUGAUGACUGAUGAACAAAUGGAGCUUUUGAGAAAACAGAUAUCUGUGUAUGCAACCAUUUGUGAACAUCUUGUUGAGAUGCAUAAAGCCUACUCUGCCCAACAGGAUAUUGUUGGUGGAAUGAGGGUUGGUAACAUAUACCCCGAUCCACUGAUGGGGAGUGGGCCGAGGAUCCCAUCCAGGCAGCGCUGGACCCCAAAGCCAAUGCAACUUCAGUUUCUUGAGAGUGUGUAUGAUCGAUGCCAUGGAACUCCUAGCAAGCAAAAGAUCAAAGAGAUAACUGCUGAACUGUUACAGCAUGGCCAAAUUACCGAAACAAAUGUCUAUAAUUGGUUCCAGAAUAGGAGAGCUCGUUCCAAAAGAAAGCAAUCAAUAUUAGCACCAAACCAUGGAGAAUCAGAAGUGGAGAAAGAGUUGGAUGAGUCCAUUAAAGAGAAGACAACAAAACCAGAAGACGCUGAGUACCAUGAGAACUCUAUGCUGAUUGCAGAACACAUGUUCUUCCAAAGUCCUGAGAUAGGAAUUGAGCAGUUGAUGGGUAAUGUUGAAGUUCCAGAGAGCGUUAGUCCUUUUGGUCUGUUGUAGAACAAGUGAACAACACAUCAUGGGUGGAUGAUGCCUCUUCUGAUGGCUGCUUGCUGUGAUUGACAUGGAACUUGAAGAUUCGAGACGUCCUAUCACAUGGGAUAUAGGAAUUUUAGGAAACAUAGCAACAUAGACAAUUACAAAACCAAGUUUGGACUUGGAUGAUGAUUGGUAGUAAAUAUUGACUGUGUGAACUAUCGUACAUGGUUGAUUUCCUUCUGUUGCUUGGAUAAAUAUGGUGCAAAUUAAAUCUGAUUUACAAUUUAGUCUUGAA